CGACUUCAACAAUAGCAACAAUAACAAUGUUAAUAAUAAUAACUAUAAUAACAACAAUAAUAACUAUAAUGACGUCAUUGAUGACAACGGCGAGAAUGAUGAUGAGGAUGACGAGAAUGAUAAGUUAGGAAAUUUGAAGAUAUCAGUUUAUGUAACUUAUUGGAAGGCCGUUGGCCACUGCUUAGCCAUCUCUGUUCUUCUUUCUUUGCUUUUUAUGCAAGCUUCCAGAAAUUCGUGCGAUUGGUGGCUCUCAUACUGGGUGACCCACGCCGUCGACCAAUCAAAUUCCACCUCCAACAGCACCAGCGACCAAUCUGCGUUCAGUAUUUACCUGAGGUUAAACAAAUUGCCAGACGCUAGUUUGCCAUUGGCCGAUUUAAACAAAUCCGAGAGAUCUGAUUGGCUGACCGGUGGAGCCUACACUGACGAGAUUAUAUUGAUGGAUUUUUAUUAUAGAUCCACCGCCUCCGUCAAUGUACUCAUGAAUGACCUGAACAACGACAACAACAACAACAGCAACAACAACAACAACUUCGACGAAAACAACAACAACAUCAAGUUUUACAUGACAGUAUACGCUAUUCUGGCGGCUACAUCGGCUAUAGCGACAAUAUUCAGGGCCUUGCUCUUUGCAUACGGUGGUAUAGAAGCCGCCAGGGUUAUGCAUAAUCAGCUGAUCGACAGUGUCUUUAAGGCAUCCAUAAUGUUCUUCGACACCACACCAAUGGGAAGAUUGAUAAACAGAUUCUCAUCCGAUGUUUUUUCAAUAGACGAUUCACUUCCGUUCAUAUUUAAUAUCUUUCUCGCUCAGCUAUUUGGCAUCUUUGGUUCCAUAGCAAUUUGUUGCUAUGGGCUGCCGUUUUCGGCCAUCUUGAUUUUGGCUCUUUCUGUCGUGUACUAUUUUAUUCAGAGGUAUUAUCGCCACACCUCCAGAGAACUAAAAAGGGUUACCUGCGUCACCCAAUCACCUGUCUAUGCCCGAUUUUCCGAAACUCUGAUUGGUCUGGCCGUAAUUAGGGCACACAGGCAGGCAAAAAGGUUCCAUCUUGAAUUCAUCCGAUGUCUGGAUUUGAACCAGCGCGCUCAGUUCGCCAGCAGAACAAUAGCCCAAUGGCUGAACAUUCGAUUCCAGAUGAUUGGUGUCGCUUUAAUUGCUGGAGUCUCGAUCCUGGCCGUCUUACAGAAUCAGUUCGGAAGUGUUGAUCCGGCUCUGGUGGGUCUGGCAAUUUCUUACGUUCUUUCAAUCACAAAUUUACUUGGUGGCCUCAUUCUGUCAUUCACCGAAACCGAGAAGAUGAUGAUAAGCGUAGAGAGGCUGGAUGAAUACAUUAAAGAUAUACCGAUGGAGGAAGAGGCGGGGCUUAAUUAUGCUAAUGAGAUUCCUCCUGACUGGCCUACGGUAGGCGUGGUCAAAUUCACUGACGUCACAGUUAAGUACCGCCCACAUCUUCCUCCGGCUAUUAAGAAUGUGAGCUUUGAGACGAGGCCAGGCGAAAGAAUUGGUGUGAUUGGUCGAACGGGUUCUGGAAAGUCCAGUCUAUUUUUAGCUCUAAUGAGGCUUGUACCCCUCAACAGCGGUGCCAUAUUCGUUGAUGGGGUAGAUUGUUCUGCGUUGGAUUUGAGAAAGUUCAGAUCAAAAAUAGCGGUCAUACCCCAAGAACCCUUCUUAUUUGGCGGAACUAUUAGGGAAAAUCUCGAUCUAGACAGUCUACAAUCGGACGAAACGAUAGAGCGAAGUUUAGCGAAAUGCAACAUGGCGGACGUGGUGGCAAGACUUGGAGGGUUAGGGUUCAUUGUUGAAGAGAGGGGGCAGCAGUUUAGCGUCGGGCAAAGACAGCUGCUUUGCUUAGCUAGAACGCUACUAGCCGAUACACAGAUAUUAUGCAUAGACGAAGCAACAGCCAAUGUGGAUAUCGCGACGGAUAACUUGAUACAGAGGACAAUAAAAGAACAAUUUCACGGUAAAACCGUAUUAACGAUAGCACACCGCUUGUCCACAAUCAUGGAUAGUGACCGAAUUCUAGUGAUGUGCGGGGGCCAGCUCGUAGAAUUCGACGAUCCGACUUAUCUUCUAAACGAUCCAAAUAGCAUGUUUAGUAAACUAGUGAAAGCCAAUUCCGGCAGCAGUGCUCCUGAUAAUGAUAUCGUGCAGUUGUGAUAAUCAUCAUUCUCCAUUCCCUCAAUUUUACUUCAUUGAAUAAUUUAUAGUUCUCUUUCAUUUGCUUUUUGUUAAAACCUUGAAUCAUUGU